ACGAAGGGAAACGACUUUUGGUUCGAGUUAUCGGGAGGUUCGAAAAAUUGGAAUCCCACUGUAACAUAAAACUCUGAUAUUAAUGGAUGAAAAUUUAAAACUACUCUGAAGAAAAAAGCUUAGAAGAAAGACAUAAAGAACCUUUCACGUUACUCAGCGAACCUCAAGUGUUACAUACACACCCUUGCUCGAGAAGACCUCAGAUACAAUCAUACAUAUAUAGCAGCCCCACAAAGUAUAUUUAAGGCAUUAAAAAUAAAUUAACGUAAUGUUAACAACUACUCAAUUAAUGUAAAGUUCACGAAAGAUCCUACUUAUUCUACUUGAAUGAACAUGAUAUCAGGAAAUUUAUGUUAAGAACAAAAGUGGAUUUAUCAUGCACUUUAAACUCUAAACGCUAAACCAAAGUCGCUACUCAUCAAUCAGUUAAGUGAAAUGAGGAAAAAGGGAACAGGGAAAUAUGGCCGAGCGAAAUUUGGCCGCGCCCCUCGUAUAAAGCCCAAGUCAUUUUUAGUGGCCUGUGAAAAGCUAUGGACAAUCAGUAAAGGAAAACUUAAGUUAGGCUGCUCCAUUAAUCCCACACGUAGGGCAUGGUGGAGUUUUUCGGAAAAAGAAUCAAUAGGAAAGUAAUUGAAUAGUUCUUUGUUUAACAUCAAUGUUUAUACCUUUUCACUUUGUCCUUCAUUUUGAAAAAAAAAACAAAGUAACCCCCUCUCCUCUCUCCCCUCUCAUUUCUGUCCAAAUCCUUUAAAGAAGACUCUCGUGUGGCAUAAACGGAGUUUAGAUCCGAUCCUGAAGUUAUUAGCCGUUGUUGACGUCAUAUGCAAUGCACGAGGAGGAGUCUCUUUAUUAAAAUACUAACUUGGAUACACGAAAAAACUUCAUGACUCUGCAGCCGGGGUAAAUUCAAAUCCUGUUUGCGCGGCACCUUUUGAUUAGGCGGUUUACGCUGUCAUAUUAGACAUUAAAGUUUCGUGAUUUAAACUCCGACAAGAAGCAUUUUCUCAUAGGGCAUUGUUUAUUAUUAAACUCGGGUUCUUACGUUGAACACCCCGUGUUCUCACUGACUCGUCAUGAUGGACGGUUUGAUGCCACGAUCAAUUUAUUAAACCUCAUUAAAUAACAGGGUAGAAGAAAACUGAACGACUGGCAUGUUUAUCAGGCUUCGAACAGAGUUGAAAAACAAUCCACCCAGCUGUCCCUACUUCAUUUGUCGAAGCAGUGACAUUUUGAGACCCUGUUUGCUUCCAGUUUCAUCGAUGUUAAGAUAUGAAAUGAAAACAAAAAGCAAUUUGUGAUCACUUCAUUUUGUUUGGUUACACGAAAUAAGAAAGCCGAAUUAUAUUGUCAAAUAGACUGCAGACAGCUGGAACAAAGAUCUGCCAAUCAUUAAACAUGUCAUGGAAAUUCCCUAAUCGAUCAAUCUUUUCUCGCGAAUGACGGCAUCAAGCCGAACAGUUAUCUCACCUUCGCUAGAGCAUAAAUAGAGUGACGUUACUAACUGAAGAAACCAGAAGAAAACGUUUUUGUCAGCGUAAGAGCAGAAAAAGAAACUAAAAGGCGAUGUCGGAAAACGCGAAUACAACGAUGAAUAGAACACAGCCAUCGAGCUGCUCCAGCAAUCCUACAGCAGAAAAAAUUGGAGUGACCUUUGCUUACUGCUUGAUCUUCAUUUUUUCGUUGGCUGGGAACACUGUCAUCGGAAAAAUUGUCUACAAGUCGCAAACCAUGAGAAAGCCCAUCAACUUUUUCAUUGUAAACAUGGCCAUGUCAGAUCUGCUGUUUCCGAUUUUCUUGAUUCCUUGGAGGAUACAACCGCUCUAUAAAGACUCCUGGCUGAUCGGUGGUCCUCUUGGCCAGGCCUUAUGUAAGCUGGUUUCCUUCUUACCGGAAGUUUCCUCUACUGUGUCUAUUCAGAGCCUGGUUCUGAUAGCAGUGGAUCGAUUUGGAGCUGUGGUAUUUCCUCUCCGUUCUCCACUCAUCAGUUCGAAGCUGUGCCCGUUUUUCAUUCUCGCCACUUGGAUCGUCGCGAUGGCUAUUUUCUCUCCAGAGCUCUUCGCCAACAAAGUUGUUGAAUAUCCAGAAAAGCUGGUUUGUAAGCGGCAUUGGAAUGAAGUUUUUGGAGAGUCCUCAUCCUAUGAGUAUUACCUCGUGUCCUAUAUUGUUUUAGUCACUUUUAUUCCGUCGGUGUUGAUAGCCAUACUUUACAUUACCAUCUAUCUAAAGCUCAAGUCACAGAAGAUUCCAGGCGAGCAAUCAGCCAACGCUGAACAACAACGCCAGCAAAGGGAGCGAAAUGUGCUAAAGAUGGCGAUUGCUAUAAUGUUAGGGUUUGCGGUGUGCUGGCUGCCCAUCUCCGUCUACUGUUUUUUUUUCUUCCCACCAUCACAUCCCACCAUCACAUCGCCGAAUUGUGGCGUCCGAUACCUUCAAUAUGUCAUCAUUUUAAUGGCUUUGGCAAAUUCUGCCAUAAAUCCUUGUAUCUGUUUUAUUUUCAGUGGAAAUUAUCGUAAAGAACUUAAGGCUCUCCUUAGAUAAAUAAUUUUGAGCAGCGCAGUAGCUCAUGAUACUUAUGUAAAGCAGAGAGGUUCGGUUUACCGAAAACUCUUAAAGAACGUUAAUUUCAAACUGCCUUUUAUUUGAUUCAACGUACACUAAGGCUUAAAGAAUCUUUGCAGAACGGUUCUAAACCUUUCUUUGGACACUAAGUCUACCACAACUUUAGAGUUUUUCUAUACACUCGAUUUGUAAUUUUAUUGACUUCAUAGGAUGUUUUCAGCAGUCCUAAACCGUGUAAAUAAUAUUUAUUGCUUUAUGCAGUUUGCUGUUCAAUGUACAGUUGAUACAUUUCUCAGACCGUUUUCUGACCGCUCGUUUGACGAUUUCUUUGCCAUCAUUUGUAGUUGUUUCGUAAAUUUACUAAUGUUCUUAAUGAUUAGGAAGCAAUAAAGUGUAUGAAUACUAUCUAGCGCUUUUCUUAAUUUGGAAGCAAUAAAGUGCGUGAAAACAUCAAUACAGUAUUGAAUAGUAAAGUACGGCCGAUUCCCAUUCCUCAGCCAUUUCUAUGUAAGAUCCUUUUUUUCAUAGCUCUCUCACAGUUUUAGUGAAAGCACCAUCCCUCGUUUUUUGUCUUUGUUUUACUCAUCAGUAUUUUAUGAGCUGCCUUGGUGCAGCACCAAAUCGUAACGUCCAAGUCUGAACCUAAUUCUGAAGACAAAAGGCAUAUGCAAUGGUUUAUAUACAUGCAAUCCCUUUCUUGGGAGACUAACUUGUAUAUUGAAGAAAACCUGGUGUUUGUCCUUCUGCUGAGCUCAUUAUGUAUUAGUCUGCCAACUGUUUCUGUAGUUUUCUUAAUGGCUCAUUGUCUAUACUUCGCUAGUAAGACUCAGCUCCUAAAACAAGUUAUGAGUCCCUUUUUUUUUCUUCUUCAGCUUUCUUUAAUUGCUGCAGGAUUACGCCUUCCAUUAUGGAGGUUUAACUUGGUAAUUUUUUGUCGUGGUUACUGUUUGUUUCAUUUAUAUUGAAUAUUUUUUUCCACGUUAAGAUCCAAAUGGUUUGUUGACUGAGUGGGUCGGGAAGCCAAGACGGGAAGCUUCUGUCGAUCGUUUGUAUGUUGUUAUCACCUGCAGUGUCCGGAGGUUUUCCCCUCGGACACGUACUUUCGUAUUUUAUGAAAUUUACGCUAUUAUUCACUUUAUAAGUCCUCAGCUUCGUUUUAACUUUCAUAAAUCCCUUCACUUUCAUUGAAACAAAAUAAACGCCCUCGCCUUUUUUCCUUCCUUUCUUUAUUGCCACUGUUCUUUAUGGAAACUCAAUUUGCAUUGGUAAUUGUACCCUGGAUAUUAUGUACAAAUGAAAAGUAUAAAAGAAUUUACACGACCCCUCUUUCCUUAUACGUGUUCCACCCAAUCACUUUACUCGAGGCCGAGAAAGCGAAGUGGUUGGCGACCAGCCACCCUCCCACCCAACGAGUAACUCGUCUUGAUCUAGCUGCUUGCUUCUAUUUUCGCCUGGUCUUAGCCUUGUCUCAGGCUAGAGCGAUUACCCAAAGCUUAUUACUAAGCCAUGAAUAACAAUACCCAUGGUAGAAAAUUACAUACACUAAGUUUGAUUCGACAUAACAGUAUUUAUAAGCUUGAUAGGCGCACCAAACUUAAUUUAUUCUGCAAACAAACCGUCAUGUGCACCAGCUCAAGAACCUGGGUCUCAAGAUAGUUAGCGUUUUCUUUCCAAAGUAAGAGAAUAUUCAUUAUUGUCAAAACUUAUGGAAGUUCUCCUCUGAGACACGUACUUUCGUAUAUUAUACGAUUUCUAGUGUGAUAUUUACUGUUCAUUUAUAAGACCAAAUGCCGAAUUCAUGUUUUAUUUUGUCUAGCGAACAAGUCUUAUGCGUUUGCCUGUGGAUACAAUCCCGCAAAGUAACUUAUGGAAAUCGUUUUAGGAAAUAAAAGGCGGCUCGGCACCUUUUAGCGGUUUUACCACUCCUUACCGAGUGAUGUUACAAUAUCGCUAUCACGCAUUUCCACAGUGUAGUUGUAGUUACCUUCCUGGUAUUAUAGGUUACCAUGGUAACAUUACAGCAUGUUAAAGACACUCUUAAUUUCAUCUCACUGUUCAAAAACCGUUUGGUGACCCCGCUUUUAUUGCUGAAUUGUAAAUAGCAUAAUAAUAAAAAGUUCCUCUGCAAUACUCUCCUGAAAUUGAAAUAUAUACACUUGCAUAUCUUCGCCAUUUCCGUUUGACUGGAGUGGCGGCAUUUUCGCUGGUGUAGUAGAAAGAAGAAAAAAAUCUAGGGCCAUGACAGCUAAGUUAGUUGGGAAGCAGUGCGGAAAAGGGGGAAAGAAAAAGUAGGAGAGGAACUUUGGGCGAGGAGCUCGACCGAGCCGCAAUCGCCCCUUCUUUUUUAUCUCGCCGUUUUAAAUUUGGCGCUACUUUCUUAGAAUCAAAAGCUUAGAAAAGGCUAAUCUAGAGCUUUCCACAAGGUGCUCGAGUUUUCCCAAAAAAGUUGCCCAGAAUUUCUCAUAAAGUUGCUCAAAAAUUGCUUAGAAAAGUCAAAAGUUGCUUUAUGUUACGAAAGUUGUUCCAAAAAAUAAACACCCCAAAAAACGAUUUUGUUGCUCCCUUAAUUCCUUUAUAUGGUCUGAUGCAAAAGUACAACAAAGGUAAGAUUUCUAAGCAUUUUGUGCAAUUUUACGGUGUAAACAACGUUGCUAAAUAACUUUGUCCUCAAUUAAACCCAAAAAAAUGUAUGAGUAAAGAUUACGCAUCAAUAUUAAUGUUAAUCUUGUAAAAAUUCUUCACCUGAGACGUUCGAAUCAGUCGAAUGUGAAAAAAAACCACUGACCUAAUUACCUGGCUGCAUGCGUCUUGCAUCUAUGAUCUGCCCCAGGGUGGAGGGGAUCUGAGUAAAUUGUCUACUGAAACAUUGUGAGAUAUGGAAGGAAGGCCAAUUUAAGCACUAAAAGCUGCUCCUAUUUCUCAGAAUGGAUAGAAAACUAGAAAUUGCUCAGAAUGCAUAAAGUUGCUCGAAACGAAAAAAGUUGCUCGAAAUACAAGAAAUUGCCUAAAAGUUGCCGACAAACUUUUGGAAAGCCCUAGGCUAAUCGACUGUACCUAUGCUGGCAGUCCGUGGAGCGAUUCAAAGAUAAAGAUAUUAUCUCUGAAGCUAGCUUUUAAUUACAACAUUUAUCCACUGCAUAGCGAUUUAUCCAAAAGAUAGCAUAAUCCGUUCUUUGAACAACCUGGCCCCGGGGUUACUGAGGUAGUAAGCUACAAGUACUAUAGGAGUUUGACAACUGAGAAUUCUACUUACACAGCUAGAGACUAAUUUAAGAGUUACUGCCUGAAAAUAUCGAGAAUGGCUGGCCAGGUUAGAAAUCCUGAAACUUUGC